AUGGAUCAACAACUACAACUCGCCAAACGCACAACGAGCACAAAGGGCAAAGUCCCCACUGGCCACGCCGACGAAAUCGUCAUCUCGGAAACCGCCUUUCGCAACGCCCACCGCGCAGCAGAAGCAAACCACGAACCCCCGACCAAAAAGCGCAAGCGAGAGGGCAAAGGCGACAGCAGUGUAGUCUACGGUGCAGGCGCAUACAAAGGACCAUGGGCGCGCUAUGAGGUCGACAGACCUGAUGAUAGCGACGGCAGUGAAGAGGAGGUCGAAGUCGAGUACGAGGAGGAUGAGAUUGCGCCGCAGCCUGCUGCGCCCUCCAAGGCUGGCACUGCCUAUGUCGAGUCGGAUGGCUCGAAGGAGACGACCGAGUUUCAUGGAAGCCAGCAAUACGAUUACCAGGGCAGGACGUACAUGCAUGUACCACAGGAUCUGGAUAUUGAUCUACGAGGAGAUUUGCCCGACGACUACAAGAAUUACGCGCCAAAGAAGUUGCUGCAUACCUGGAAAUCUCAUACAAAGGCAAUCACGCAACUACGCUUCUUCCCUGAUGCCGGACACUUGCUGCUCUCGGCUUCUGCGGAUAGCAAGGUCAAGAUUUGGGAUGUUUACCACCAGCGAGAGUUGCUGCGUACCUACUCUGGUCACACAAAGUCUGUCUCGGAUAUUUGCUUCAACUAUGAUGGCUCUCGCUUCAUGACGGGCUCUUUCGACAGACAGAUGAAGCUUUGGGACACCGAGACUGGCCAAUGCAUCAGCCGCUUCAGCACUGGUGCUACUCCUCACGUUGUCCGCUUCCAGCCCGAUCAAAACUCAGCUACCGAGUUCCUCGCCGGUAUGAGCGACAAGAAAAUUGUUCAAUUCGACACGAGGACGCCUGGAGAGUCACCCAUCCAAGAAUACGACCACCACUUGGGUCCAGUCAACACAAUCACCUUUUGCGACGAGAACCGCCGUUUCAUUACCACUUCAGACGACAAAAGUUUGCGCGCAUGGGAGUACGGUAUCCCCGUGCCCAUCAAGUUUGUCGCUGAACCAUACAUGUUCCCAAUGGUGCGCUCAAGUCCACACCCAUCCGGCAAGUAUGUCGCUUUCCAGAGCUCGGACAACCAAAUCGUCGUCUACGCAUCUACGGAAAGAUUCAGACAGAACAGAAAGAAGAGUUAUCGCGGACACAACAAUGCUGGCUAUGCUAUCGACGUGGCUAUCAGUCCUGAUGGCGGUAUGGUCAUGUCUGGAGACAGCGGCGGCUAUGUGUGCUUCUACGAUUGGAAGACGUGCAAGAUGUGGCACAAGAUCAAGGCGAGUGAGUCUGCGGUUGUUGCCGCGCAAUGGCAGCCCAAGGAGACGUCCAAGGCUGUGACUGGUGCUUUGGAUGGCUUGAUCAAGUACUGGGAUUAG